AUGGAGUUCUUUGCAACAGGCGCAUUUCAGCAGCUCUACAGUGAGCUGGAUGAGCCGGCGGCCAUGAGCGAACUAUGCGCAAGCUUUGGCAGCGCGAUGGAGUCGCCGCUGCUGGAGUCGCCGCCAUGCUAUGCGGAUGUUAACUUGGGCUACGAGCCCAACAGCAGCUUGGACUACUAUGGAAUUAUAACGCUGGAUAGCAACAACAAUGGAGCAGCGCCGCCGGAGCUGAGCGAUUGGGAGCAGCGACUGUUGGACCAUUUUGUGGAAAUACCAGAGCUAGUGGACUUUUUGCCAGAGCGCACGCCGCUCUGCACGGAUAUGUGCGAUGAUUUUCUGCAGGAGAGCAACAACAAUUUGCGACUGGCAGCGCCAACGCCAGCCCCAGUCCAAGCCUCAGCCUCAGCCUCAGAUUCACCUGCGCCGACUAAAGCUGCGCCGCCGUCUGCUUUGCAGCUCAGUCAGAAUGCCGCUGGUGAAGUUGGCUACCUUUGCACCUUUGGCAGCUGCGAUAAGCUGUACGCCAAGCCCGCUCACCUCAAGGCGCAUCUGCGUCGGCAUAUGGGGGAGAAGCCUUACGCCUGCAGCUGGCCGGACUGCAGCUGGCGCUUCAGUCGCUCGGAUGAGCUCGCCCGGCAUCGACGCUCGCAUUCGGGCAUCAAGCCCUAUCGCUGUGAUUACUGCGCCAAGUGCUUUGCCCGCUCCGAUCACCUCACCAAGCAUCGCAAAGUCCAUGAGCGACGUCUGGCAGCUGCCAAGCGUUCGGGCAGCAUUCUGCCCAAUGGGCCAGUGCCCUCCAGUGUCUACGCCGUGCGUCCGGGUCGCAAGCGCAAGAAUCAGCUCUAG